UAAAAUUCAAAUCAGUUGACUGAUAGGUAGCUUCCUGGUAGUACGCGUAUCGUGCAUGAAUUCGUAAUAAAUAACAAUAUUUAUUAAUAAAAUUCGAAACACCGGCGCUAGUCGUAAUCAAGGAAUUACCACAUUUGAUCGUGAAAAUGGACAUAUUAAUGGAUCAACUUAAGGGUGGCUUAAAGUCAUUGCUUCUAAUGAUGAUGGAGGAUUGGAAAAUGUAUCUGUGCCUUACUAUUUUAACUAGCUUGUAUCUUUAUUAUACAAGCACAUUUAAUUUUUUCGAAAAACGUGGUAUUCCAUACAGAAAGCCAGUUAUAUUUUUGGGAAACUUAGGCCCUAGAUUGAGAGGCAAACAAUCAUUUCACGAAUUCCAAUUGGAAACGUAUAAUUAUUUUAAAGGAAAUCGCUUUGGAGGAAUAUUUGAAGGAAGAAGACCACUGUUGACAAUUCUUGACCCUGACUUAAUCAAAGCAAUAACAAUCAGGGACUUCGAUCACUUCACAGACAGGAUGGCUAUGAAUGCCAAAGAGCCGAAGUUCUGGAGCCGAUCUCUUUUGAAUUUAAAGGGCUCAGAAUGGAAAGCGGUUAGAAGUACAUUAACACCCGUCUUCAGUUCAUCACGUCUUAGACAUAUGCUUCCGCUCAUUGAAAUGUGUUCUAAACAAAUGGUUGAGUUUCUGAAUCAAUAUGAUAAGAAGGAUGUAGAGAUGAAGCAAACAAUAGGCCACUUUACGUUAGAAGUAAUUGGGGCAUGUGCAUUCGGUGUCAAAUGUGAUGCCUUGUCGGAUGAGAAUGCGCACUUCUUCAAAGUAGCAGAGAAGUUUGACUACAUGCCGAUGCAUAAGAGAAUAUUGCUGUAUUUUAUCUUAAUAUUCGUGCCUCAGCUAAUAAAAUACUUGAACUUUUCGUUUCUGAAUUUGGACUCUUCAAAGGAGUUGGUGAGAAUUCUGAAUGUUGCAAAGGAUGAGCGACAGAAAUCGGGCGUUAAGCAAAACGAUUUUCUUCAAAUCCUUAUUGACUUCUCCGAAACCGAAAAAUCUGAAUCUGAGAAAACAAAGUCUACUGUUCAUUUAGAUGACGCGACCGUGGACGCUCAGCUGCUAUUAUUCCUCAUAGCUGGGUAUGAGACCUCCAGUACUUUACUUUCCUUCGCUAUAUACGUCCUGGCUACCAAACCUGAGAUACAAGACAAGUUAAGGUCCCAUAUCAUUGAGAUGACAGAGGGAAAAGAAGUGGAUUAUGAUCUCCUUGCGAAGUUGCAAUAUCUUGAUGGAUUUUUGUUGGAAACAUUACGUAUAUAUCCCCCUGUAUCUCGUGUGGACAGGGUGUGCACAAAGCCAUAUAAUCUUCCUGGAACAAACGUUGUUAUCAAACCUGGCGAAGUGGUGGCUAUACCUCUGUAUGGUAUUCAAAUGGACCCUGAACAUUACCCCGAACCGAAAGAAUUCAAACCAGAGAGAUUCCUAAAUGAAAACAAGAGUGAGAGAGCAUCUCAUUUGUAUAUGGCGUUUGGUGUCGGCCCUAGAAAUUGUAUUGGUCUGAGAUUCGCGAUGUUAUCAGCAAAACUAGCGAUGGUUGACCUCGUGAAGAAGUUUAGAUUUUCGCCAUGUGAGAAGACAGAAGACCCAAUACAAUUUGACAGAAGGUCACUUCUGCUGAAGGCGCGUGGUGGUUUAUGGGUUCGUGUAGAAGCCAUAUAAUUUAGGUAUCCCAUGAGUAUUUUUGAUAUACACAAUAUUUAUAUACAUAUUACUCAUUGAAAAAUAAAUUAAGUUAUAUUUUAUAUUUAUUGUACAACUUUAUAGUACAAAGUAAUUAUGUUGCAUUUAGAAAAAGAUUGUUAUUAACCAAAUAAUAUCGACAUGGAAUUAAAAUACGAAUUAAAUAAUAUAAACACUGAUCAAGUAUAGAAGGGUACCUUAUGAAAACUACAGUAUUUAUUAGUAUUUAAUUUAAAUUUAUUGAUUAAAUGUAUAUUCAUCACAAAAUACUAGCCAUAUUUUACAUUAAGAGUAGUGGAUCUUCUUUGACCAAGUAAUAUUUAAUAUCUGUGAUGCCUCACAUUAGUUCAUAUAAAUCCUUUUUUAUAUCUAUGAGGCAGUAUUCUUUUGUCUAUAACCACUACUUCGAUUACGAUUUCGAAAAUGCUGCUAUAAAGAAUCCAAUAGAAUCCUUGUAAAUAGGAUCUACUUUCCUAAGUUCAUUGUCUUCUGGUCCAAAUCUCUGUACCAUUAAUCUGAAAUAGUACAUUAUAGAUGAGUAUAACAUAUUAGUGUGAUAAUUAAAUUCCAAUAAUAUAUGUAGAGAAAACAAAAUGUUUUACAAAAUAUAUUUUAAUUAAUUACAAAGAUUCUUGCCAACUUGCCAAUAUUGUAAGCAAUUAUUUAUUUACGUUUUAAAAAUAAAUGUUUUAACCUA